AUGACAAAAUUUUUAUUUCUAAAUCGUGAACAAAUAAAAUCACCAAUUUUAGUUUCAUCAUCUGUAGAAAAAAUUCAAGAAGUAUCUGUAUGUUGUCCGAUUAUGCAACAACCGGUAUCAGCACAGUCGUCACCAUCAAAUGUGCUAGAAAAAGGUUUAUAUGUAAUAAUUAAUAUCACAGCAUUUAGUUCAUCUUGUUCUUAUCAGACAUCUACACGAGCAGGAUUAGAAAAAGAUGUCGAUCUGAUAAAAACUGUUUUUCGUGAACUAAAAUUUACAGUAUUACAGUCUGAUUCACAAGAUGUUAUUAUACGAGAUAUUGUAAAACGUUAUGUUGAUUCAUCAACAACAAUCUGGGUUGGAAAAUCACGCCUAUUUCUUAUUCAAGCAUAUCGAUCAGAAUGGUCGAAACAUAUCCCAAAUGAAGCAUCAAAACGAGAUCGAACUAUAGGAUCAUCUUGUAUUCAAUUACUUUGUGUCAUGUUACUUCGGUAUAGUCAUUAG